AACUGGGCCGGGGUAACUGAAGUACAGCUAUCAACAUAGCGCAGCUUUGAUCUCGACUGUCUUAUCAUAUACAGUCACCGGUAAGGAACCUUAGCCACCUGGUUAAGAUCACUUCAGUUUCCAGGCAUCUAGAAGAUCUAAGCGAAUGGAGGACGAGGAGUAUUAUCAUUUAAUGCUGAGUGAUCUCGAGAGGGUUCACCAUCAUCUCCAGUUCCCCGAGCCUCAGAGUCGCGGGCGCAACUCAGUACCCGUCGUCGUACGGGAGCGUCAGCAUAACCCUUCGAUAUCGGGCAUCAGGGUCGUGCUAAAUGAGGCUUUCAGAUACGGAUAUGAACGGCUUGGAGGGACUAGAAAUGAGGGAAAAGGGAAGUCGUGCUGAAAUAUCAAGAUUAUCCAUAUGACUUGAAGAUACUCAAGUCUUCUAAGGAUGACCACAUUCGUGCCAUAUCAGAUGCCGCAACUCCCUGGCCUGCAUAUGUGCUGUCGGACUCGGAGC